AUGGCCACAGUUCAAUUACCCGCUACCUAUUAUGGUCAACUUGACAAAAGAAACCCAGUUAUUGUGUCUUUUGAGCGAGAUAUUAGCUCGUUUAUGACAAUAAUUAAACGAGUAGCGUCAGCGCCCAGCCAGGACAACUUCUCGUAUGCUAAAGGGAGUACAUUGCUGGCAGAGAUUUGGCGAAACUAUAAACAACGUCUGCCUUCUACAUUGUACCAGCAGCGCAUGUUACAGAUUGGAGAUUUUCUUGCUGGGUCAAAGUUGUACCAGCUGGCUCUAUCCCAAGGCUACAGUCUGCUCCUGCUUCAGUUCAGCUCAACCAGUAUAAGUGACAUUAGAGAUGUGGACCACUUUGUGAGCUGCUUCUUCCCUGAAGGUUUCGAGUCAGACCAAGAUAUCUUUAGUUUGAAGGUUCGUUCAAUGCUGGGGUGUGCAGUGUGCAUAUUUGAGUUGGAGAAAAGGCCCAUGGUUCUCAGCCAGAAGGGGCUUUCGAAACUGCUGCAUGUGCUGAACUUCAUCAGGAUAAUGAUGCAGGCUUUUCAGCCACAUGAGCACCUCUGCUGGCAAAUUUAUAAUGGUACUUUGCACAUCUACAACAUUUGCCGCUACCUGAUGAAAGUAAAUCAUAACUCACAGGCACUUGAGUACCUUCUGUGGGCAAGCCUCAGUUUAGAGCCAUAUAUCCAUGUCAUGACUGCCCAACAUCUUCCAUGGAUUGUCACACUCUACUGCGCCGUAUGCCACUGUUACUAUGCCAACCAGCUUUCUCUGCAGGCAGAGGAAUUUGCCAGGAGAGCCCUUGGAAGAAUCAACGACCUUGCAGAGCAGGAGAAGCAGAGUGGUGGUGCUGCCACUCAAGAGACUCAGAUGGCUUAUAGAGAGGCCUCUAUCAAGCUUGCUGCCUUGAUGUUCAAGCGAGCUGUGUUUGAGACCAGAAGGAAACCCAAGCAUAUUAUUACAAUCAAGACCAAAACUACCCUGAAGGACUUUCCAAAUAUACCAUGGCCUCGUAACGCUACAGAGCGUAUGCUGAUGGGCCUCUUUGACAGCAGUGCAGCCCAGUUCCUGGGGAUCUGUGAAGCUCUGUGGGACAGCUCCAUGCGUCCACUGCAGGCGAGGAUACCGGAUGAACCUGAGUUGCAAGAGGUGGUCCUGGAACUCUUUUCUGCAGGCAUUGGUAUAUUAUCCGGAGUGGCUAGUACUAGUGAUCAAAAGCGUAACGAUCAUCCCUGUGUGCCUCUCAGUGCGCUGACCACAACAUCAACUCUAAUGGAAAUAGCUAUUGCGGGAGAAAACAAAGUGCCCAUCACUGCCGCCGUGAGGUUCAUUAAGUUGAUGAUGCAGUACAAGCAACCAGACCCUUUUGCUGAACACGCCCAAGCGAUGCUGCAGAUCUUGUCUACGGUGGAGGGCCUUUCAUUCAGGAAGGCAGAACACGAGCUUGCCUUAAUCAAUGGUUUCAACACACUGAAGUCCUCCCAGAGAAAACGCCUUAGAGAGGACGUCAGCAUUGAAAGACACAAGUGGUGCAUUGAUGGGCUCAUAAGCCUGACGGAGACUCUGCACAAGGCUGUUUGUGGUUCUGUCCCUAAUGCACAGCCAGAUGCAGAACUAGUUUGGGAUGUUUUGCUGUUUCUUUGGGGGAAACUGAAGAUGGUUAUACAGAUGGAUCAGCUGACAAACCCAGAGCUCACACACGACCAUGACAAGUGGACAUGGUGUCUGUCCAUGCUGUGUAAUGUGGCCUUCGCCUGUGACCUGGCAACGAUUGAUUGCAUAAAGACAGCAGAGAUGAUCCACAGCUUGGUCUUACUGCUCGAGAGCGCAGCUGAUCACAUCAAAGGUGAUGGUGAAAAGACAUUUUCCCUUCUUCAGGGGUCACAUAAAGAGCUUCUUCAGAAGGUGUGUGAGGUAGUGGCAAAGGGUCUCCAGGCUCUGGUCAAGCGUGUGGUCACUCUGAUGCCCCAAGAUGGCUCUGCAGUCACUGACACUGCAUACCUGCUGAAGAGAGAGGAGGGAAAUAGACUGGAUGAAAUGAAUGACAAGGAAAAAGACGUAUUGGAUGUGAAACAGUCACGAUCCUGUCAGUCUCCACAAAUGUGCUCGCUUGUAAUAGACCUUCUUCUUGAACUGAACAUUGUCCACCAUCGGGCUUCUCUCAAGUUAAUUCAGCUAAAUUCAGGUACAGAGUCUGAUCUGUUGGAUAAGAUCAAGAAGAACAAAGUGUCCAAAGCACUUUUUCUCACACAGAAAGCCUUGCUGUUGUAUGACAGGAUGAAAUCAAAGGAUACCAGUGAAAUCAGGAGUCUACUAGAGGAAGCCUGCACUUUAGUAGAGAAGGCAGGAAUAGAAGAGAGAAAACUGUACAUCGCUAACAACCCGAAGUACACACUUGAAAAUGAAGGCAAAGUGGUGAGGGAAGAGGAACAGGAAAGCCCUCCGCCUCCUCCCAUUUUAAUCUACCGCACUGACCACUCUUUAACCUUUGCUCCUGCUCCGUACCAUAUGGAGGAACAAGUUUGCUGGUAUCAACUCUGUGGCCAUGCAGCUGAGGGUAUCAACCUUAAAGUUCGCCUUGGAGACUGCAGCCUAGCAGGAACUGGAAAUUUUGUACCAGCAGUUUCUGGUGAGUGGGAGCUGAAGGUGGAGGGGCUUGAACCAAACCAGAAGUAUGUGUUUGCUCUAGCAGCAUACAACAGUCAAGGAAAGUUACUGGGCAACAGCAUAGGAGGAACGAGCAUCCCACUAAUGGCAUCCAUGCCGCAGUCGCUGCUCUCUACAUGGGCUCACUUGGCACAGGUGGCAUUCCAAACCAAGCAAUACACCAUUGCAAAGAGAGCCUGCAAGGAAUUGUGGAAUCAUUAUACCCUACCUGACAGUGGGCAACAAAGCACACAGGAUAGGCUUGCUUCAACAGCGCUGCAUUUGAAGGCCCUGCAAAACUCAUCUCCGCUUCUGUGUCAGCUCUUCCUGACGUCCAUCUUCAUUAGGAUAGACAUCAACAUCCAGCAGCACUCACUCCUUUGUGACUCGGGCAGCAUACGUGGACUCUUUGUCUGGAAACAGGAGGCCAGACUUGACGAAUGUGAACGAUUAUUAGUGGCCAUGGACUUGGCCAUGUGGUUAAAUGACAGCAGCUUUGCCGUUCAAGCCGUUGUAAGCUGUUAUGCACUGUUGGUUCCAUUCGUCUUCCAUCAGAUCCCUUGUGAUCCUGCAAUAGAGUUGCUCACAAAAUGCUUAACAGUUUUGAAAGAGAAUGGACCUCAUCUCAAACAAAAAUGGUCCAGAAACACAGUAGAGUCCCUUAUGCACAUGAUCGCCUGUAUCACCAACUAUCUAUCUAAGGCAUUGCGUGCAGCGAAGGAGCAUCGUAAGGCGGCCAUGGUGAUUGACAGUGGUCGUGCUCUUCUCCAAGAGAUCUUUGAUGCCCAAGAGCGACUCAAUAGACUUUCCAACAAACUUGUGCCGAUUGAAGAUUCUGCUACAGUGAAGGACAAACUAAAAACAAGUCCGCAGCUGAAAGAACUAUAUGGGAAGUACAGAGAAACUAUCACAAUAGAAGCAGCUUCUGCCACCACAAAUAAGGUUUUACCCUCUCUGACUGGUUCUGAGGAUGUUGCUGUACUGCGUGAGCGGCUCUUCAGCAGCGCUCUAAAGAAAGCUUAUGAAGACGUGAUGCAUCUCAGCAGCCAUUCAAAUUUCAUUGAGUUUUCAGCACUACUACUUCAGAGAGCAUUGGAAGAAGGACACCCGGGACUUGUGCUACAAUGGGGUCAAGUGAUAUUUACAUUUCUGGCCAGGAGAGAUGAGGUAAUUGAAGCAUCCACAGAAUGUUUGGAAACGAACAGUCAAUGUGAUAAAGAAGAAUCUAUUGAACCCACCCCGAUAGACAGUCCAUCAUCACAGAACAUAUUGUCUCAGAAAAGCACUACAAGGAAAUCUCAGAAAAGUACUACAAAGAAACGGAAGUUUAAACUUCGACGUGGUGCACUUCUGAAAGCUAGAACUGCCAGGGAGCUGCAGGCUGUGGAGAGGCUGCUGUCCGCACUGAAGUCUGUCUUUAAAGUCCAACAGAGGAGGCUUCAACUGAGGAAAACGUGCUCUGAAGAGAGAGUGUGGAGGUCUCAGCUCAACUACUGCAUCGCUCAGGCACAUCUGACACAAUUUGAGUGUGACGUGCACCAUUUCCGUGAAGGAUCCCUGCAAUCCAGACACAAUCACUUAAAUCCAUCAAGUUUCUUUCUGGCCAACUCUGGUUUCCUGAUGCAGAGACACUCAAAGGAACAGCUAGCCCCCAAACCUGAACUUACUUUCGGGAGAGACUUUUCUGACUCUGAUCUGUCAGAUGACACUUUCAACAAAGAGUGGAAUAAAAAUGAAGCAUGUGAUGAUUCUGAGGGCAGUUGUGAGGAGGCCCAAGACACCUUUCAACAGCUAGAGGAGCAGAAAACCACUUGUAGAAUUCUACUGGACUCGCUGGAGAAAGCUGCCUUACAUCUGCGGAAGGCCAUGGUGUUGGCCCAUCGUGGAGGUCACUGGACAACUCUGCAGAAAGUCUGUCACACUGUGUGGGAAGAAAGCAGCAGAAUUACUGCAUUACAACAGACAGCUGCUCAGCUUCAACCUCCCUUCUUGGUUACAUCAGAGCAGUUGCACAAGAUCUUCACCCCUCUAUUAGUGCACACAACAGACCUUAUUAUAGACAUGCUCAGCAGACUGGGACUGUGGCGUGUGUAUGACAGCGUAACUGAAGAGGAAGAAGAGUUCAGUCUUUGUUUCUCAGUCCCAUUGGAUGACUGCACCCAGGUGGACAUGCGUUGGGUCCGUACUUUGGUGUUGCACACUCUUGAGCUACUCCACGAUGGGGGCAAAUGGGAAAACCUGGCACACUUUGCCUUACUUUUCAACUCAUACACCCGCGACCGAUACGCCUUGACAGUAACUCCUCUCCUGAUCCUGGCCCAGAGGAAGUUGCUUGAAAGAAUUAAUACUAAUGCAGGGCCAAGGGUCCCACAACCACACCAUCUUAAAACUGAAUGGGCCACUGGCCAAGAGGUAACAUACAAGAGUUAUGCAGGCUGCCAGGUGCUCAGUGGAUGGAUACCUCAUCCUGUCCAGCGCCCAAGCCACAAGAAUGCUCCCCUUGUCAUGCCUCCUACAAAAACAGAGCUCAUAGAUGCAGAGAUCAAGCGCUCCUGGGCCCUUGUGUGUGUUCCUCUGGAUGUGGAAAACACCCUGCACUUUUACCGUCAAUCUCUUGAAAGGGUACCGCAUUGUCUCCAAGUUUUCCGCUAUAGCCGAUCAUUACUGCUGCUACUACUUGCCCAUACGCAAGCAAGUUUUGAAAGUGAGCAGUGCUUACAAGGAGAGAUUGAUUUCAAUCCCAUACUCACGGCCACACCAAACAUCCAGCCUUGGAACCUGAUCGAUAACAACAACAUCACUCCAGACAGUCUCUACAAUCUCCCUAUCAGCCCUGACCUCUUGCCAAAAGUAAUCUCUACAUUUGCUGCAUCCACAAAAUAUCUCCAGAGCAAGAGCCAAGAAUCCCUCAGAGUACAUGCACUGCAUGAAAUGGGAAACCUGCAUUUCUACGAUGGAAACACACGGAUGGCGCACACUUGCUGGAGUAAAGCUGUUGAUGCAGCUUUACAGAGCUCUGGGGUGAUAGAUAAAUGGGAUGGGGCAACAUUUGGAGGUGGCACACUGCAACAAACUUUAAAACAUGCUGGCAUUUGGGGAUGUCUACAGGCGGCGGUGCUUGCUGCUAAGAUUGCACAGUAUAUUCUAACUUCAGAUAUAAGCCAGAGAACCAUGUGCUCUCUUUUAUCUACUCACCUUUUUAAGUGUGUACUGUGCUGCUCCCUGGCUCAUCCCCUCGAUGACCUCCAGUAUGCUUCAUACAGCAUCGGAGAUGAACUACUCCCUGGGGUUGACCUUUUCUCAGAACAUCACAGGGCCGACCUCGGGACUACUGUCGCCAGCCUGAACUUUAUCUGCCAGUGGCUAUUCAUCACAGGCUACUUCAUAGCGCUUCUGCCCAUGCUUGCCCUUUAUCAGCAUCUUGUGGGGACUGUCUGCAGAGACGUUGAACGCAAUAUAGAGAGCAAAAUACUAAAGAUCCGCACUCUCGCUGAACUGUGCCUCUUCUCUGAGGCCAUAAAAGAUGCACUGCAGCUCUCACAAGGAGUGGGGAUUCUUCUCCCUAAUGGACGCUACAUCACUAAUGAGUUCCUCCAACCUCAGAAGAUGUUUCGUAACGACAAGACACUCCUGGACAAUGUCGAGGCAUGUGAGGAACUUCUCAACUGUGACCUUUCUCCAGAGGUCAGUGCACUUUCCGGGUCCACACUGAGGCUCCGAUUUAACCUUGCAAUUGUUCAAUGCGCCCUGGCUGUCAGUAACACCGUGCAUAGCCCUCCUGAGCCAGGUCUACAAGAAAGAACAUUUACUAAUUUAAGUUACACGAAAGACACAGAAGAACACAAACAGGACCAGACAUGUUCUGAGGACUCAGUCCUGCAGAAUGAAAAAAAAAAAGAGGGGGUAUUUGCGUCAGAGGAAAAUCUCACACCAGAAAGGGUUAAGUACCUCCUGCUGGAAGAAGCUAACCUCCUAUUGGAAUCCAUAUUGAAAAAGCUUCCAUCUCCCUCCUGUAGCGAAAUUGAGAACCUGGAAUUUAAACUCGAGGCCAAUCUACUCAAGGCCAAUCUCUACAUGCAGCAAGGACAUAUUGCACUAAGUUCUGAGAUGGCAGUUGCAUCACUGUUGCUGCUGCAGGACUUGAAAGUACCUAUGCAUGAUCAUGAGAAAUCAAGACCUGAUCCCUCACAUGUUGGGAGUGAAAAUGAACAGGACAUUGAAGAUGGCCUACGGCAUGAAGGCUGCCCCAGAGCAGUUGAGGCCAGUGAGCGGGUCAGUGGUGUUCUGUGGCUACGUUGCCGUGUGGCGCUGUUCCGUUGCCUCGCAGCCCAGGCCUCUGAUGUCGCAACUCCUCAUACAGCUAAGAUUCACGACAAGACAGCUCAGGUGCUAAAGCAGUGUCUGGACGACUGUACUCUUUUGGGAGAUGUCAACAUUCAAGCCCUUCUGAUGGUGGAAGGUGCACAAUUAAAAGCACAGAGAGGCAGGGUGGACGAGAGCAUGGCACUGCUACAGGAAGCCGUGAGCCUCCUGUCAGGAUGGCCUCGCUUGCCACCAGGAUCCAAUGUGACUCUAAUUAGAGCCACUUUGCUCCUUAGCAGACUGAAAGGAACACAAAGUGCCAAACUUCCAAAGCUGGCACAUAAGCUUUUGCAAAAGCAGCUGUGUGAUUUUGGUGAGAGUGUUGUUUUUAUAGAUGGUGAAAUGUGUAUUUCAUCUCCUGGACCCAAAAACAUUUACCUCCCUUUCCUCCACAUGUUAAAUCAAACAGCAUAGCAAACGAGGUCAUAUUUUGGGUUCUUUGUCCUGUGCAUGCUGUGACAUCAUGUAUAUUCAAACUUCAAUCAACUUAAUUAUUUAAUUUUCAUAAAUGACUAUUGUGAUUGACAUUUCUGUGAAAAAUGC